AUGCAGUUCACUCCAUCCGCAACUCUCCCAAUGUUGACGCUGGACGGCGAACCCUCCGACUUCGACUAUGGCGCGUUCUUGCAGGAAGAGGACGUGGACUAUCUCGCCGAGGAUAGCUCGACAUCAUCCCACACAUUGGCUGAGUCGUCGCCGCCGCCGCUGACUUCGCAAUCGAACACUUCUGUAGUCAGGAGCGGAUCGUCUUCUCAGCCCAGACAAAGGCUUGAGAGACGAGGACACACCAAAAGUCGAAGAGGAUGCUUCAAUUGCAAACGAAGGAGGAUCAAGUGUCAAGAGACGCGACCGGCCUGCGGCCAUUGCGUCAAGACGGGAUUGAAGUGCGAAUAUCCAGCAGCGCCCCAAGUAGUUCAUCAGCCCCAGCACCAGAUUCCCCUCUUCAGUUUGCAGGAUAUGCGGUUCUUCCAGCAUUUCCUCUUUCACUGCACCCCACACCAUCCCAUCGGGACUGAGACCAUCUGGACCCAUGAGAUCCCAUGCCUCUCUGAGAAGUACGAAUAUCUGAUGCACGCCAUCCUGGGCCUCGCCGCGUCCGACCUGACGCAAAGGGACCCCAGCCUGGUGGCAUCGGCCAUGCACCACCGAGUCAAGGCCAUCAAGGCCAUCAAGAAGACGCUUGCGGAGGCGCCCAAGGCCAACAGCUUUGAGGAGGGCAAUGCAAUGAUGGCGACGUGCUUCGCGCUGACCUUCCAGUCCGUCCUGCUGGACGACGGCAUGACCGAGUACAUGACCUUCAUCCGCGGCGUCGUCAUCGUCGCCAUACAGAUGUACAUCAAGGGCGCCAAUCUCAUUUUCGCAGACUUCCUCGGAGACAAGCAACAGGAGGUAUUGCAGCCUUUCAUAGAGAACAUGCCCCUGAUCGAGAGGAGCUGGGUGGAUUCGGCGGUGGUGGCGGUCGAGAGUCUGUCGCCUCUGUGCCAGCAUCCCAUCGAACAGCAGUAUUACGAGAAGAUCUUGGACAUGGCAAAGCAACUUGGCGUCUCAUCAUGGGGAGCCUACAAGGCCAUGACCACGCAGUACGGCUGGUGGAUGAUGCUGCCGCACGACCAAUUCCAGCGGGUCAUCGACACGACGAACCAGGUCAACAUCCUCCUAAGCGCGCACUGGAUCGCGCUUAAGCAGAUCAUGGCGAUCAUAACGGAGAAGGAAUACGAGGCGGGCGCGAGACCUCAGAACGCCACCGACGGCGGUGUCGAACCGGGGAUGCUGCGGUGGCUCAAGUACCUCAACAGGCUGGUUGAUGCUGAACACAAGGUGUACAACCAAUGGCCGGUGUGGGUGGAGACGCAGCUCGACCGUGACCCUUGCUUCUUCGGGAAGACGAGGUGA